UUAAUUUACAAAAAUUAAAAAAAAAAAAAGUUAAAAAUUAAAAAAAUUAAAGUGAAAGAAGGCAAAAAUACAAACGAAAGUAUAGAAAAAAAAAAAAAAUACAAACAAAAAUACAAACAAGAAAAUGUAUAUCAUACAAGCGUAAAUUUGCUCGUGCAAAUUUUCCCUCUGUCGGCCGUGUUAAAUAUAAUAAAAUUAAUUAUUAUGGUUGAUCUUCCUUACAAAAACAUCCUCCUCGAUUGCCCAUGAGAAAAAGCAACGGCUAUGGGCUUGUAGAAACUAAAAAGGAAGACUCACGAAUGAUAUUCACGUGGUGGGGGUGUUGCUCUUCGAGAACAGGAUAUAUAAAUCGCGAGUAGGGCUGAAAUUCAAGUUAGUUCUGUGCUAGUUUUUCUCUGACAAUAACUGAGAUUCUCUGUACGCAAUGCAGGUAAAAUCAUAGUCAUCCGCGAAUACAAAGACUAUAGUGUAUUCUGAUCGUUAAAGAAAUCUUUAUUCUCUCUUUUUCUCUCUCUCUCUUUCUCUCUCUCUCUCUCUCUCUCCCUCUCUCUCUCUCUCAUUCUAUUUAUUCGUUCUAUUCACUUAACAUUCUCUAACGUGUUAGAAAAGUUAAAUAAAAAGAUAAGAAAGAGAAAAGAAAAAUAAAACUAAUACAUCGGGUUGGAACGAAUCGAAGGGUGGAACGUCGUUGCUUAUUUUUUUAAUUCUGACGAUCUCAAUCAUUGAAAUUCAAUCUGCAUCAAUUGCUAAGUCAUAUCAGAGCAAUUAUCAGUAUCCACAAAUGAUCCGUCCUGAAUACUAUCAAAUUGCUCAUCAGAAUGGUCUAGCGCCAUAUUAUAUAUACAAUUCGUUUCAGGUACAUACUGAUUUAACGCCUGGAAGUCCAAUUAUUUUGCCAGAAAAACAAACAACGACUCUUACUCAUCUGCCACCCUAUGGAUAUUACUACUACGACUUUAGAUUCCCAAUUAAUCCGGUAUAUCCGGUAUUGAGUCCAUCUCAUCCUGGAUUUAUCCCGGUAUCAGGAACACCACCGAUAUCGACUGAUCGUCCAUUCGAUGUUGACAAUGAUGACGAUAGUGGUAUCGAAAAAUUGGACACAAAAGUUGAGCCAGAAAAAGAAAUAAGAAAGCCUGAUACUAACGAUGGAAACUAUGACGACGACGAUACGAUCACUAUCGAAGCGAUUAAAUAAUAUUUUUCUUUUCUUCCCUUUAUUUUUAUUUCUUUAUUUUUAUUUCUUUUUUUUUUUUCUUCUUUCUUUGAUUUACUUAAUACGAUUGAUUAUUCAUAUAAAUCCAUUGUAAUAUAAUUUUGAUAAAUAAUUCAUUCAUCUUUUAUUUGAACUCAAAUCUAUUCGAACGCAUUCAUUUCUUUUCUUUUCUUUUCCUUUUCUUUGUUUUUUUUUUUCUUUGUUAAAUAAAUCGAUAUAAAUAUGUUCAUUGUCGUAUACAUUUCUUAUUUCUAAAUAAUUUAUUAUUUUUACAUUGGACUUUUCGUAAUUUACCAAACUCAUUCAUUUCUUUUUCUUUCGUUUAUUUUUAUAAAUCGAUAUAAAUAUGUUCACAUUGUAAGAUUAUUUUUUCUAAAUAAUUUCAUUAUCAUGAACUUUGUGAUUGAUGUGUUAAAAAAAAAAAA